AUGGGGAUCCUGCAAUCCAAGUGUCUCUCUUCCGAUCCCAACUGGGUCAAAUACCACCUGCAGUCGAUGAACAGACUCGCUUGGCCCUCUGAUCGACCUCAGAACCUUUUGAAUGCGUUGACCUCCACACACCUAGGGACCGAUGAGAAGCAUGCCUUGCUCGGGACGUUGACCAAUAACUCGCGCAAGUAUGGAAUGUCCGUUGGCGACUGGAAGUGGGUGGAAAAGCAACUAGAAAGAUAUGGCUGUGUCGAAUUGGCUCAACACCUGCGCUUUGUGGUCCACUCUGUAUUCCCAAGUAUUGGGUCUGUCUGGUGCCGGAAAAUGAUCGAGAAAAAUAUCGAAGGCCGAUGGAUCAUCCAGCGAGAGAUCUGUGUCCGACGGAAGAUUCAGGCCUUGCAACCAGCGUCCGUCCUUCUGUCGAAUGAGGAGACCGUGCAAGAUCUAGAUACUCUGGUGAUUGAAGAGCGAUCUAGAAAAAUGCAUCUUGCUCAUUGCGAAGAUGAACUCAAAUCUCUUAACGAAAGAUACUGGGACCACCGGAUGCAGUAUUUCAUGCUGAAGUUGAAAUUCUUGGAUCAGCCUCACUGCCGAGCCUUUCAAACUCUCUGCAAAGAUCCAGACUGGUACAUGAACACCUGGCUGAAGAAGGAUUGUGUGGCUCGGGGAGGUUGCUGCGCGAGAAGCUGUGGCUGUUGUGAGAAGCUGCGGGACACUACGCGUGAUGAGAACCGAGGACACUGUACCACAGCUUGUGGGUGCUGUCUACAGGCGCACAACUUUGUGGAAAGCUCUAGAAUGACCGAUCUGGAAUUCUUCCCGAUAGAUUCGGACUCUCACAGUACUGGCGAAUACGAAACCCUGCUUCUGCUAGGAUACAUCUUCGCUUGGAAUAGCUAA